CGACGCCGAAAGUUCACGUCGAGACCGCGUCUACUGUCGGCGAGGAGAAGGAACGUGGUGAGGGCGGCAGGUAGUGCAUUCGUGAUAAGUUCACUUGACCGUGCAUGCGGUGGCGCAGUUCUUGGCGCUGUGGCGAUCACGCGAGAGAGAUGUGCUCGGGCGAAUGUACGGUAUGCCCGGAACGCGAAGUGCCCCAUGGCCAGACCGAAUACGCCCCACAUCCAUGAGUACACCCCCGUCGACAGUGCGCCUACUCAGUACUAACGGGGGUUCUAUUGGCUCGCCGUCGACUUUGCUGGCCAAGACGAUUGAUCUGGAUCGGCACUUGGCUGGGUGCCACAAGUGGUCAGCGGCGCCUCGCCGCGGCAAGCAACCCCACGAUGCGCAUUUUCCGAUUCGAUUGCUCGUCGCGAUGAGUCGUUAUGUGACCAAGAAGGUGCUAGCGAAUGCGUUGUAUGGCCAGGUUCUUUUAUGCCAAGACUCCCACACGGGGGACAUGGUAGCAAUCAAACGUAUCCACGUGGCAGCAUCAGCGGCGCGCCAGGGCCUGCACACGCUGUGCACGGUGUCCGACGACAUUGGCAUGGAGAAGGCGGUGCACGAAUGCCUGAGCAGCCACGGAGGCCACUCGCACGUCCUUCGCCUCCGCCACUCGUUCGUCCAGCAAGGGUACGACCAUUUGGUCAUGGACUAUUGCCCUAAUGGCGAUCUCUUUGAUCUCGUCAACAAAGUCACGCUCGAUCCAGCGGUCGUCCAGCGCUACUUCCGCCAGAUCGUCCACGGUGUGGCCUUUAUGCACAGCCGAGGGUUUGCCCACCGCGACCUGUCGCUGGAAAACGUCCUCCUCGACGACCGACACAACUGCCAUGUGUGCGACUUUGGCCUCGUGGCACCGACGACGGAGCUUCGCAAGGACAUGGUGGGCAAGCCAUUCUACAUGGCCCCUGAAAUCGUUGCCAAGCAGGUGUAUAGCCCUGUCAAGGCAGACGUGUGGUCGCUCGGAGUCAUGCUCUUUAUGAUGCUCACGGGGGCACCGCUGUGCGAGACAGCGUCCCCCGAAGACUCGCGGUUCCACUACUUCCUGAAGAAUGGACUGCGGUCGCUCUUGCAUUCGUGGAAGCUCAGCCACCGCUUCGACUGUGAGACUCUGGAUCUCGUCGAGAAGAUGCUACAUCCAAACCCGAAGGAGCGAGUGAGCAUGGUACAAGUCCUCCAGCACCCGUACGUUGGUGGCCGCCAGCCCGUCCCGGCACAAAAACAUUCCAACAAAUCGACCAACACCGCGAGGCCAUCCUUUGUCCAGCGGUGGAUUUCGAGGGCCCAAAAAGCCGUCAAAGCGUAUUAGAAUUGAACCAUCCCGUACCGGAUGAAGAUGUGGAUUAUUUAACGUGAAUGAAGUGAGCCCCCCAAGAUCUCCGCACAC